GAAAUAUAUAUAUAAUAAUGAAUGCGAAAGAUGUUAAAUAAGCACUAUAAAAAUAUUAGCCAUAAUUGGAUUAGGAUUACCAAAACAAAUUACAAAUAGCUAAAUACACAAAUUUGUCUGAUAUCGAAAAAAGCAAUUUUUUAUAAAUUUCAGGUAUUUUAGAUCUGGAGUGUAGGUAUUGAAUAAUAAAAUGUAUGCUUUCUAUUUAAUGGGAAUAUUUAAGAUCAGUUUGACAAUACUAGGAUCACUUAUCACACUAUAAAUUGUUUAGAUAAUAAAAUAGAUCAAAAGUAUUUGAUGGCAAUAUAAUUAGUACUUAUACCAUUGUAUAUAUAGUGGCAAAACAUAAUGGACUCAACGAGUUGUCAAGAUUUCGCAAGAUUUUGAAAUAACUUCCCAGCAAAUACUACACUCACCUCAAAUGCCUUUACUUAUUUCAGGCAAGUUUGUUAAUCAGGACUCGACUAUGGCUUCAAACUUCAAAGAGAUGGAGUCUAUGGUAGAAGAAAACCAAAUAUAUUUAUGAGUAUGCUUAAACUUAUUGUAAGAGUAGAAGAUCUGUUAGAAAUACCCAAUUUUCAAGCCAGUUGGAUGAAUCUGGUCCCGAAUCAAACUUCGUCCAUUGAUUAAAUAGAGCCAGCCUAAUUAGUUAAAUAAACAGGAGGUUCUUUCGGUUCAAAUUUGACCAACUAAAAAUUAAAUCAAUUUGGAAUCCCUGUAAUUCUUGAUUGUUUGCUCUCCUACUUUGUAACGAACGCAGAUAGAUUUCUAAAACCAGACAUAUUCAGAAAAUAAGGGUCAAUAAAUGAGGAGGAACAACUCUACACAUUGUUGAAUAAUGAGAAUUAUGAAUGUCUGAAUGUUGUUGAGGAUGUCCGAAUUGUUUGUAGUAUGAUCAAGAGAUUCUUUACAUCGCUGCCAGAUCCGUUAAUUCCAUAAAACACUUUAAAAUUUAUUUGUAAUUAGAUAGUAUGUAAGUUGCUAUUAAAAUAUUAUUAGAAAUAACUCCUCAAACUGAGAUUGUCCUACUAGAAGAAGUAUUUGGCAAGUUACCAAGUCUAAAUAGAGUGUUAUUGACAGUGAUGGUAAGCUUUCUAUUAUGUGUUGGCAAUUAUUCUGAGUUUAAUCACAUGAAUAUGAACAACUUGGCAAUUGUAUUUGCCCCUUGCUUUAUGAGAGCUCAAACCAAUGACAUUUCAUCUUUAGAACAGGUUGGUCAAUCUGUGAGGUUUCUAAAGAUUUUGUUUGACAACUUUGACAAGAUGUUCCAAAACGUUACAUUUAAACUAUACUUGCAAUAUAAAUAAACUCAAUCUUGUUCAUCAACCAGUAGCAACAGUUCCACAGGCCCAGAAACUAUGAGCAAAAAUCAAAUUCUAUCAUCAUCAGAAGAUGAAAUCGUUCCUCAAUUCUAGCAAAAGUAGCAAUGAUUUUAUAAUAAAUAAUAAA